ACGCCCUUACGGAAUUUUAUGUGUGAAGGCCUUUAGUGUAUACGACUGCGGUUUCGACCAAUCAUUUCUCAUUGGAAAGCGCAUAAUUCAAACCAGUUUUUGCUUGAAAACGUUCCGAAGCAAAAACUGGUUUUUCAUUCAAUUGUAUGUGUCAUAAUUGUGUCACAUUAAAUAUGAAAAUGUGUAAUACGCGUAGAUGUUCUAACUGCACUCAUUUGCAUCGCGUCUCGAACGGACACGCUUCAUGGGGAACCGGUCUAGCUUUCGUGCACGCUCAUUGGAUAUCGCGCGCGACGCGACGCGCUCCGUGGAAACGCACCCUGAGAGCUCGGAGAUUCGAAUGGAAGAGCAGCCGUCCGUGCUUACACUCGUGUAAACCCCGUUUAGCCGUUAGCGUAGCGGUGGCCUUUUCCCGCGUACUAAAUUCCCCGAUCUCAUCUCUCGUUACUUCUGUUUGCUUUCUGUUGUCUUUCUAAAACGCCGAAACAUGUCGAUUGAGGACGAAAUUCUGGCCACGUUCCGCCGUUGCUCUUUGAGGCCCCAAUUACUCCCCCCUUUUGUAGCAUUAACGAGAACCGCUGUGUCGUCUGUACCUCCAAAAUUUCUCAAAACGGGAGAAUUUCUUUUCACCAAAAAUGGUUUGGAAUCUGUUCCUUCCACGUCCAAGGAAACAGAGAACGGCAGUCCUUUUCAAAAAAGCGUAGCUUUUCCGACAAAAAUAUCCAAGCAAAAAGCAGAGUCUUCAUCGAACCAAUAUAGCGAAAGCUUCAGCGAAAGCUGUGAUCACGACAGCUUGUUGGAGACAGCGCUACAGUUAUUACAUGAGUAUGACAGUGAGGAGAGUAUGCGCUAUGGAGUGCGACAACGUGAAAAAGAAAUGAAAAGUGAUCAUUCUGUCGCAAAGAAACAUAUGAACAAUGACAAUGAUUGUUUGCAAUUGUCACAAAUAAGUUGCAGUAAUCAGACAGAUUUCGUUAGGUGCCCUUCUAUAUUGUCACAAUGUGACCCCACGUUGAGUAAAGAGAUGAAAUUAUUAUGGUUACAACCACGAAGAGACGUGGGUAUGUGGAUCGAGUGCUGCAGGAAGAAUUGCAGAAAAUGGCGAUACUGCGAUGACUACCAUGAUCCUGUGGCUGUACCAAAGAUUUGGUAUUGCGAAAUGAAUUCAGAUAAAACUAUCGCCCACUGUUCCAUACCAGAAGUGGUGAUCACGAAGGAAGUCGAGGAGGAUUUGAUAAGAAAUAAAUACAAUGCCGGAAGUGUAGUAUGGGCCCGCAAGGAUGGUUAUCCAUGGUGGCCCGCAAUUGUAGACGAUUGCCCUGAAGCUAUACGAUAUUACGAAUUAAAGGCACGAUCAUUAAUUCCUGUGAAAUAUCAUGUGACGUUUAUUAACAGUAAACUUCGACGUACUUGGCUUAAUACUAGAGAUAUCAGAACUUUUACAAAAUGUUCAAAAAGGCUUCUUAUGAAAAAGCUAAAUGGAUUCGACAAAACCAAAUACACGAAGUCGCUAGAAAAAGCUUAUGCCUUAGCAUCAAGCGCGAUUCAAUUAUCAAUAUUGGAAAGAUUGCAUAAAUUUAGUUUUGUUUCGUGCCAGAGAAACUUGCGAGGAUUGAAUCUGCCCAAAGAGCAAGAAGAGUAAAUUGUUUCAUAUGUUCGAAGAUAUGUAUUUAUGAAAAAAAAUAGAAAGGCACAUCAUUGUCGUUUCGUGACUGUGUCGAGUUUAUAGAUUAUAAAUUGUAUAUGAAAUAUACAAAGAGAUAUAUAUCUCAAAUAACGCACGUUCCUUCAGUCUUCGUAUCUGAUUGCAAAUUUGAAAAUUUGUGUGAAAGUAAAUUAAUAUGCAAGUAAAUUAAUUUGAAAACAUUAAUUCAAAUGUUUAGAAACUAAUUGCAAUUUAUUUGCAACAGCAUACCAUCUUGGAAAAUAUCUUCUAAUUUUCAAUGUUUCACAAGGCAUUUUUAUUUGAUUAUAUUUGAUUAUAUUAUUUGAUUAACGGCAAGACAGGCCUCAGUUGAGGUAUCCUGUAUCGUGUAUCUGAAAGAACAUGCGUUAUUAAAAAUGCGGUAUUCUGUAUAAUCAUAUGUACACGCGCAAAUAUAUAAAAUGUAUAUUUAUUUUUCGACGGAAUUUAAAACAUUGUUUCUUCUUGUCAAAGAGACUUUGACAUGGAUGAACAAUAUGCUAAGACCGGUAUUCAUAAUAGGAUCUUAUAAUCAAGAUCGUCUUGAAUUUAUAUAAAGAUGCUGGCUACGGAGUACCUGAAGAUGAUCUUGAGACAGUCUAGAAUAUAAGAUCCGACUAUGAAUACUGGCCUAAAAGUGAGUAGCUUUGUCUCUUUCUAACUGUCCCCUUAGAGACAAAACCGCUCACCUGUAGCAUUUUCACUACGUUUCAAGAUUUAGAAUUGACCCCCAGAUAUUCCAGUGAUAUCUGAAUAAUCCUUACGUAAUCAGAUAUCUGAUGCUUAGAUAUCCUAUGAUAUCUUUUUCAUACACUUUGCUGUAUGGAAUUAUUUAUAAAAAUUGACAUUUUAACUACAUAUAUAACAUUUUAUUCCUGUAAUAUUCA